UGUGGUGCUCUGCUCGCUCCUUGCCCUCCUCGGCCGAGUUGGCACAGGCACAGCGCGACAUCCUGGCACUGAACUCACAUUCAUCACUCAACUCCACGCCCAGUAGUGGCAAAUUCACGCAUUCUACUCAUCGCCCUUCCUCAUCAUCUCCAGCAAAUCCAUUUCAACACCCUCUCCUUCAUCUUCUCUCUCCCCCACAGUCUUUUACUCUCUUUUCCAUUCCAACUAUACAACUGCUCUUUCUCAUUUGUGUCGACUCCCCCAGUUUCUUCCCCUUAUCAGCAUCCUUUCUGCAGGACCCUGCGUCGCAAACUCUUGCCCCCAGUCAUUUGCUGCGUCUGUCACCUCAUCAACAUCCGGAGCCUCCGAACCUUUCCACAUUACUCUCAACCAGCCCUCUUAUUGUCGCAACUUCUGUCUAGUUCAACAACCUCCUCUGAUCUCCUUCGGGUCCAUAGUGCAUGGUUUCACAAUGGCGAAUAUCACCACCACUCAGAGCCAGAGCUUGCCGCAGCUGCCUUCAUACACCCUGUCACCACGACCUGAUUUGAUCUCUGGAAUUCCAGAUCCUGUUCUGCAACUGCUCGCCCCUAUUAUUGCCUACUGGGUCGUCUCGCUUUUCUUCCACCUUCUCGACACAUACGAUCUGUUCCCCCAGUACAGACUACACACGCCAGCCGAAAUCCUCAAGCGAAAUCAUGUCACCAGAUACGAAGUUGUAAGAGAUGUCCUCAUUCAACAAUUGAUUCAAACUGUCUUCGGCCUCGGCCUCGCUUAUUUUGAUCCCGUUGAAACUGUUGGUAAAGAAGAAUACGACAUUGCGGUCUGGGCACAACGUCUUCGAACCAUGCGCGUUUCCCUUCCUACCUUUAUUGCCCUCUUGGGCGUAGACUCAGUUGCUCUGGGAAGCAAGCUUGCCUCCAAUUACCCCCAGCUGUCAGUCAUUGUAUCAGGAGGCCCAUUCCCAACUCAAGCCUUUACUCCCUGGGAGCAUCUUGUGGCAAAAGUCAUCUAUUGGGCCGUGAUUCCUUUUGUGCAGUUCGUCAUUGCCAUCCUUAUUGUCGACACCUGGCAAUACUUUCUGCACCGUGGAAUGCACAUGAACAAGUUUCUGUACACCACCCUUCACUCUCGCCAUCAUCGACUCUACGUGCCCUACGCAUUCGGGGCCCUAUACAAUCAUCCUCUGGAAGGAUUCAUGUUGGACACGCUGGGUACUGGCCUCGCCUAUCUUGUAACUGGAAUGACUGUUCGUCAAGGCAUGUGGUUCUUCACUUGCUCCACAAUCAAGACUGUGGACGAUCACUGCGGCUAUGAAUUUCCCUGGGAUCCCCUUCAACGAAUUACUUCCAACAAUGCUGCCUAUCAUGAUAUUCACCACCAAAGUUGGGGCAUCAAAACAAACUUCUCCCAGCCAUUCUUCACCUUCUGGGACCGUUUUUUGAACACAGCUUGGGCUGGUGGGGAUGUUUCGGCCCGGUAUCAGCGCGACCGACAAGCUGCACAAAGGAAAGUCGAUGCAGAUGCCGCAGCUUCGUCUUCAAUGAUCAGCUCAAUGCCCAUUGAAGCAACCAAAGCGAGACAGCAGGCUGUUGCAAGUCAAAGGCAGGUCCUAGAUGACAAAGAAAAUGGCGGAAUAAGGGUCAUCAAGGAGGAGAUUCUUGAAGAGCAAGAAGUUAAACAGACCCCAAGGAGGAGUUCCAGGAGGAAGCCAAGUGGGUUUGACCCCAAAUCCAUCUCUGACAGAGUGUCUGGCAGCCUUCAUGGUAGAAGUCAUGCCAUCCUCCAUGCUGAUGGGGCACAUUGACCGACCAGGGCUUCAAACCUCAGUUCCCUCGGUCAAUCCACCGCAUCAUGACCAAUAAAAGAUAUCACGUGCUAUAUCCUCGACUUUUCUAUCCAGGCGAAACGGCCAUCAUACAAGCGUUUGGUAUUAUGAGGCUCAGCAAAGGCUUAUGUGCCUUAUCAGUGAAUUAAUGUGUAUAAAUAGGAAAGGGCAGGCACCAAGACGACAAGUUUUAAUUAGUUAAUUGCAUACGAUUUUCUUAUACCCGUCGAA